AUGGAUAAGUCAUGGAUGCACGCAGAUAGAAGAUCGAAGGCAUAUGAGUUAGGGGUGGAAGCAUUUUUGAAAUUUUCAAUAGAAAAUCUUCUAACCACAACACAUAUUCACUGUCCAUGUGUUAAAUGUGGGAAUGUUCGAUUGUUUGGGGUUGGAAUUAUAAGGGACCACUUAUACUUUAAUGGAGUUGACCAAAGUUAUAAGAAUUGGACAUUUCACGAAGAACCUUGGCAAGCAACUACUAAUGCUAGUAGAAAUAUGGAAGAAGAUGAUGAACAUAGUAGGUAUAGUUUUGUGUGUGAUGAAAUAGAGAUGGAUGAUAAUGAUUUAGGCGAUUUUGGAUCUGAUCCUUAUGAGUUCACCAAUGUGAUUGGCGAUGGAUAUCAACCCUUGUACCCUGGUUGUAGUAUGUACACCAAGUUGUCAGCAUAA